GAGGACAUCAUUUUUGGCAAUCGAGCCAUCUCCCUUGCAAGUUUUCAUCAGAGUACCGAUCCAUCCCGAAAGGGCAGCGCGGCGUGGGUUCUGCAAAUGCCGUCGCUAGCGUUGAAGUACUACGCGGAUUUACGGGGCGAAGGACCGCAUACAGUCCCGCGCAGCACGCGCUGGUACAGCGAUUCGCGUGGAAGCAAGAUCUUUACGUCUCCCACAUCGAACCACAUUCUACAUUUCGGUGUCUCUCAGGACGAUUUGUUUGUUCUGGAUUGUUCGAACGACCAGCCGUUUUUUCAGUGGCAUCGUCUUCGCUUGCCAUUGAUAACCUCAGCCGGCGCAGGCAGUGUCUUUUUCUUACCGAAGGAUCAAAAUGAUCCCGACAGAUCGAGUUUGCGACGUGUAAUAUUGGGUAAAUUUUUUCGUCGACGACGCCAAUUCAGGCAAUGGUAAUGGGGG